AUCCGGCCUGGGGGAAAGGGAUGAAUGUUAAUUUCAAAGAUGGCGGCGGAGGGAGGAGGGAAGGAGAUGAACGAAAUUAAAACUCAGUUCACCACUCGGGAAGGCGUCUACAAACUCCUCACUCACUCCGAAUACAGCCGUCCCAACAGGGUGCCUUUCAACUCGCAAGGUUCCAACCCCGUCAAGGUCUCCUUCGUGAACGUCAACGACCAGUCGGGUAACGGCGACAGGAUCUGUUUCAAUGUGGGCCGUGAGCUCUACUUCUACAUCUACAAAGGGGUUAGAAAGGCUGCCGACUUGAGCAAACCGAUAGACAAGCGCAUUUACAAAGGGACGCAGCCCACGUGCCAUGACUUCAACCACCUCACGGCCACGGCGGAGAGCGUCUCCCUGCUGGUGGGCUUCUCUGCUGGACAGGUGCAGCUCAUCGACCCCAUCAAGAAGGAGACGAGCAAACUGUUCAACGAGGAGAGGUUGAUCGAUAAAUCCCGGGUGACGUGUGUGAAGUGGGUUCCGGGCUCAGAGAGCCUGUUCCUGGUGUCGCACGCCAGCGGCAGCAUGUACCUGUACAACGUGGAGCACACCUGCGGUACGGCGGCGCCGCACUACCAGCUGCUGAAGCAGGGCGAUAGCUACUCCGUCCACACCUGCAAGAGCAAAUCCACGCGCAACCCGCUGCUGAAGUGGAGCGUCGGCGACGGCGCGCUCAACGAGUUCGCCUUCUCGCCUGAUGGGAAGUUCCUGGCCUGCGUGAGCCAGGACGGCUUCCUGCGCGUCUUCAACUUCGACGCGGUGGAGCUGCACGGCACCAUGAAGAGCUACUUCGGCGGCCUGCUGUGCGUGUGCUGGAGCCCCGACGGGAAGUACAUCGUGGCGGGCGGCGAGGACGACCUGGUCACCGUCUGGUCCUUCCUGGACUGCCGCGUCAUCGCCCGCGGACACGGCCACAAGUCGUGGGUGAGCGUGGUGGCGUUCGACCACUACACCACCAGCGUGGAGGAGAGCGACCCCAUGGAGUUCAGCGGCAGCGACGAGGACUUCCAGGACCAGGUGGUCCAGUUCGGGCGGGACCGCGCCAACAGCACGCAGUCCCGCCUCUCCAAGCGCAACUCCACGGACAGCCGGCCCGUCAGUGUGACGUACCGCUUCGGCUCGGUGGGCCAGGACACGCAGCUGUGCCUGUGGGACCUCACCGAGGACAUCCUGUUCCCCCACCUGCCCCUGUCUAGGACUCGCACGCACACCAACGUGAUGAACGCCACCGGGCCGCCCGCCGGCGCCGCCAUCAUCUCCUCCAGCAACACUACGAACGGAAACAACGGCAGUGCCAACACACCGGGCGUCACCACGCUGCCGCGCUCCAACAGCCUGCCGCACUCGGCCGGCACCGCCAACAGCACCGCCAAGACCUCCGGUACCGGCGGCGGCACCGGCAGCACUGGCGGCGGCAUCAUGGACAGCGCCAUCGCCACCGGCGUCAGCAAGUUCGCCACGCUCUCCCUGCACGACCGCAAGGAGCGGCACCACGACAAGGACCACAAACGCAACCACAGCAUGGGUCACAUCAGCAGCAAGAGCAGCGACAAGCUCAACCUGCUGAGCAAGAGCAAAACGGACCCGGCCAAGACGCUGGGCACGCUGCUGUGCCCGCGCAUGGAGGACGUGCCGCUCCUCGAGCCGCUCAUCUGUAAGAAAAUAGCACACGAGAGGCUGACUGUACUCAUAUUUUUAGAGGACUGUUUAGUGACUGCUUGUCAGGAGGGAUUUAUUUGCACAUGGGCGAGGCCAGGCAAAGUGGUAAGUUCUUUCUAACAGGAAGUGUGGGGAGGUUGGAGUGCUGACUUCCUGUCUGUCCUUCUCAAACUGCUUCUUUUGGAUUCUCUGGUUUUUAAUAGCAACGUUUUUAUUUGGCAGGCAGCCAGGUCGUCCGGUGAAACUUAAAUGUGCAACUGCUUUCAUAGGAAGCGUUUAAAAUGCAAUGAAAACGUCACAAAAAUCAUUAAACGGGAUGAAAUUUGUCGAGUUGCCUGAAAAUCCUCAUGUUCAGAACGUGGCUCCUUUAUUUUAUUUUAUUUGUUUUCAAAGUUUUCAAUUCGAAUCUAUUCCAAAACAUUGCAUCUUUUCUGUUUCUACUGUUUCUACAAGAAAAAAACAGAAGACCAACAUUUUUCUUCACAUUUUCAUCUUUUUGUUUUUACUCCCCUUCAGUUUGGACACAAAAAUAAAUGUAUGUUUAAAGAUUCGUAUAGAAAUAUUACACAGCAAGUGUUAAAAGUGAUCAGGUUGCUGCUCUUCUAAAGAUGCCCACAGAAAUGUGAUGCAUAGACAUUUUUUAAAAUAUGCAAACGCCAAAAUUAACUUCAGGUUUAAACUUCAAAUUUACAGAUUAGUUUUAAUUUCAGGAAAUGUUUUAUUUAUUUUUGUCCAAUGUGUGCAGAUCGGUGGAUAUUCGGUUCACGGAGGUGAAAUGGAAAUCGCCUCCGAUUUGAAUAAACAGGAGAAAAAACUCCAAAUUCAACUCAAACUCUAGUCAUAUUUUAUACCAAAACAGCCAAAGUUUUACCAAAGUAGCAUUCAUAAAUGUUCAGGGAUCCAGAGGAAGACGAGUAAAGAUUCCUCUGCUUUCGUCACGUUAUUGAGUGUUGGAUAAAAACUCAGCUCAGAAAUCAGAAAGUUUGGCAGGUUGGCUAAACUGAGGCCAAUAUUUAUCAGAAAUCUCACCGUCAUUUAAAGCUGUUUGUAUUUAUUAAGUGACAGCAGAGAAAACCUAAAUUAAUAUCCUGAUCUGCAUAAAGAAUAUUUAAUCUCUAAGGAUGAUAAAUAAAUUCGUCUGACCUGGUUGGUUUGCUUUAAAACGUCUGAAAUGCCAUCAAUAAAAACGUUUAUUUUGA